AUGGGAAAUGGGAAAUGGGAAAUGGGAAAAUUGGAAAAAUGGGGCGCUGUCAAAAGCAUCAACGAACCUAAGAAACUAUUCCAACAACUGUCAACAAAUAUCAACCAUUAUCAAAAAGAACAGGACAGAUAUACUCUGGAACGGAGAGCUACUGAGGGUGGAAUUCGAGUGUUUGUGGAACCCGUUUCACUGCAAAACAGAGCUAUCAAGAUAUACGGACACGGAGAAAGCAUCCAUACAGGGUUUGAAGAUGACAACAUAGCGUUUGAGAGCUAA